CUGUCAGGAGUGUCUUUUCAGGAAUGGGGGCGGGCCGGGUGCCAUGAAGCCAGUGUGGGUUGUUACUCUUUGGUGGGCACUGCUGCUGGUGCGCAGGCUGGGGGCCACCAGGAAGGGAUACCCAGAAGAAGCCUCUUUCUACUACGGAACCUUCCCACUUGGCUUCUCCUGGGGCGUGGGCAGUUCUGCCUUCCAGACCGAGGGUGCCUGGGACCAGGACGGGAAAGGGCCCAGCAUCUGGGACACCUUCACGCACAGCGGGAAGGGGAAGGUGCUUGGGGAUGAGACAGCAGAUGUGGCUUGCGAUGGCUACUACAAGGUCCAG